UUCACAGCAAAACAAACAAACAAUACUUUAUACUUUUACUAAUAAUUUGUAGUUGUAUGUCUUUUAUUUUGAAAGCCAGUUGCUGCCGGUGGGGUCACGGGUCUUCCCAUAAAAAUCAAAAUAGCUAAGCAUUCAUUGCUGAGACAGUAUCGUCUUUUGCCCAGACCGCUUUUAACUUCAUAAAUCUUCUAUGUGUGCUUUUUAACAUUAAGAGUGUAAGCGGCUUUAUCUAUUAACGUAUAUUUCUGAGCUGUAGCUAAAACAGCAGAGAAAUUGAGGUAACUCGUUGAGUGGCCAGUGCUAGCUAAUGCUGUGUUUUGGUAGCUUUGGUAGCGUUAGCUAGCUAGAUAAGUUACAUGUACGUAACGUCUGCUAUAGCGAGCUGUUAUUGGAUAUACCUCAUUGUAAAUCCUCCACAAUGCAUCAGAAUGGUUAAAGAGCUUGUAUUAAGUCGUGAUACGAGUCAGUGUCUGGGUAUGAAAUGGUAGCAAAUUAUCAGUAGCAAAUUAUUAAAACAUGGAGCAUCGCCGCGAUAAAGCACGGCACCCAGACGCUCCCCGAAGCGGUAAAGGCGCCUCGUACCAGCAUAAAAGAGACAGAGACGCUGAGGGAUGUGCUUCUAAACGUUUUCGACCAGGUGGUCAAACAUUUUGUUCAGUUCCCCAGUCCCUGAGUACACGGAGACAACUGUACGAGCGGGACUUUCCAGUAUACAAACAGCCUGUGGAAGUAGGAUGCUUCUCUCUGGAUUCAGAGCGUAACUUUUUCAGCGACUCCAGGCAGCUCCGGUAUUACUCCGACCCUGGUAAAAGCCCUAAACUAAACCUGAGAGACGGUCACCACGACCGCUUUAUAAAAAGGGAUGAAAGUGUGAAAGAGAGGCUUGACCAUUUAUUACGGUGGAUUCUGGAGAACAGAGUCAAACUCCACUCAAGAAAUGCUGCCACAUCACCACCCUGCACUCUAGGUGUAGACUUCGUGACAUGGCGAGGCCAUUUAACCAAGCUGUUGACCACUCCAUAUGAGACUCAGGAGGGAUGGCUGCUGGCAGUGUCGAGGUUCGGUGGCACUCUUUACAUCAGUGAAAUGGAGACGGAGGCUGCCCGAGUGAACAGAGAGAACCGCACGGAGAGGCAUGAGGAGAUGAUGUACUGGGGUUAUAAGUUUGAGCAGUACGUCUGUGCAGAUGAUGUGCAUAGUGUUCCAGAUGGAUGUGGAGUGGUCAACACAAAUGAGGCUUUCUGCACUGUGGUCCAGACUCGUCUGGCUGAUCAUAAGCUGCUUUUCUCUGGGGAGGUGGACUGUCGGGACAAAGACCCCAAAUCUCCUCCAGCUCCAGCCUGCUACGUUGAGCUCAAAACUUCUGCUGAAAUCUGUACCCCAAAACAGCGCAGUAACUUCCACAGAUACAAGCUGCUCAAAUGGUGGGCACAGUCAUUUCUUCCUGGAGUUCCACGAAUAGUUGCUGGCUUUCGAGACCAUGAUGGAGUAGUGGUUUCCGUAGAGACGUUCCACAUCUCUAAAAUAUCCCAGCUCAUCAAGAAUGAGUACAACUGCUGGAAGCCAACAGUCUGCAUGAACUUCUGCAGUGAUUUCCUGUCCUUUGUGAAAUCUGUUGUAAAGGAGGAUGACCCAAGAUUAGUGUACCUGUUUGCUUGGGAACCACACAGAGAUGUGACCUUCUCUGUUCACAAAGACUCUGAAUAUACAUUUUUGCCAGACUGGUAUAUUAAGGAAAUGGCAAGCCAACGCAAUCCAGAGACACGCCAGUAACGUAACCCUGAAAAUGAACUGUUAUCUGUAUGUAUUUAACUGCUGAAGCUGGUUGUGCCUUUCUGUGGGUCAACAAGUUUCUUAUCAAUGGAUUAAAUAACGUUGGCCCUGUGAUGUGUAAUUGUAAACCAAUGCUGUGGUACAAUUUUACCACCCAAUUUGAAGUUGUUUGGUAUAUUAAGAAAUGCCAGCAGGCCUUGUUCACUUUGGUCUGGCUGUGUCUCAUAUUGUUUAAGAUUUCUAUGUAUGCUGUUAUCAAAGUUGUAUUAAUAUGGUCAAAAAUCAUUUUAAAGAGCCUGUAUCAUGGAAAACCAAAAUCUUCAUCAACAUUUAACAUAGGAUGUAAGGAUUGUUGCUGCAAAAACAGCCUGUUUUGAAUGCCUUGUUUUUGUGAUGUCACAAGAAGAAAUAUUUACAUAUCUCCCUAUUCAGCUUAUAGCAGUUUAGCCCCACCCAUUUACUCUGAAGUUACAGUGAGUGUUUCAGCCUGGACCGCUUUUUGAAUGAUGCACAAUACAAGCAAUAUCAGUCUUACAGGCAGAGCACCAAGAACAUCCUUUUUAAUUGUAAGGGAUGAGAAAACGUUGGAAAAUGGUCAUGUCAAAAUGAAUUAGGACUGAUUUUUGGUAUAUAACCUUGUAAAAACCUCUGAGCUGUAGGGUAUGGGCCUUUUAAAGUCUCAUAAACAAACUAUCCAAGAAUACAAAGCAAUACACACUUAAGUCUCUCUUUUAUACAUAAAUUGUAUUAAGCUAAAUGUAAAUAAACAAUUUGUUGUAAGAUUCAGUAUGUUACCCUCAUUGUUUCUUGAUUUAUAAGGCACGCAUGAACAAGGGUUUUUUUUUCCCCCUACAAAACUACUUUUUAUUACAAGUGGAAUCUAUAUCUGAUAUUUCAACACGACCAAAAAAAAUUACAUUCAAGUAAAUUAAAGGAAAAAAAAGUUGCACAAACAAAGGUGAAUCACACACAAGGUAUUCAAGUGCGAAGACUGAUAUUAUAAUGUAAACAUGUUUAUAUUGUAUAAGUAGCUCUGAUUGACUAACCCCAGCUUCAGUAAUCUGUAGAAUAAUUUGUUGGAUAAUAAAAAUUAAGUGAUGGUGA